AUGAAUCAGGAUCUCGAACAUCAGUAUGACGGCCUCCAGGUGGUCCCCAAUGACCCGACCCAGGACAAGCAGCCGUAUGGCAACCCCUACGCCCCAUCAUCAUACCCGGGGACCGCGGUAAUGGGCACCUAUGUCGGCCAGGAGGCCUUCACGCCGCCUGAGAAGCGUGUAGCCGGCAUGAGGAGGUCGACUCUAAUCAUCGCGUCGAUAAUUGUCCUUUUGGUGGCCGUUAUCGCUCUUAUUGGCGGGCUUUUCGGAUCCAAGAUCGGUACCCUAGAGGAUAAGCUCGCAAGCUUUGUAAACGCGACACCCACACCAACGAGUACCGGAAGCAGUGAUUCCACAAAAACCUCGCCCGACGUUUACCCCACCGAAACCGAUAUCGUCGUUGCCGGCUACGAGUACAUGGGCUGCUACGAGGACGCCUCGGACCGCACACUCGCCAACAACUCUUCUAACCGCGAUACCAUGACCAACGCCCAGUGCGCCGUAUUUUGCGGGCGCUUCAAGUACUUUGGCACCGAGUUCGGCUCCCAGUGCUACUGCGGCGAAGAGCUCACCCGUACGAAAGCCGUGCCCCCUGGCACUGCGCCGACCACUGCAGUGGCUCCGAAGCGGGAGCGGAGAACUGCGGUGGCUUCUUCUACCUCAGCUUGUGGAGGAAGACUACGCCUCGCGUUUGGCCAGUGGGAAAGGCAGGUUGAUUAG